CGACAACUGCUUUGUUGAUCUCCCCACACUUUCUAUACUCACUAGCAAUCAGGGGUCCAAUUUGUCAUCCCAGCUUCUUAAAUUCCCAAACUACAUCCGAAUAUGGCAGGUAGCUAAGCUCGAGUCACCUGAUGGGUUCUUCUUCAUCAGUAAAAGAAAAUGAGCACAUAUUGGACCUGAGCCUACAACUGAUAGAUUUGUUGUUGUUAUGGUUGGGAAGUGCAUUUUUAUUUUUUGGAAACAAAAGAUAUAUUGCAAUAAUCAAGAGCCAAAAAGCUCAAGAACAGUACAAGCAAGCCAAGGAGGAACUACACAAAGUGAGGACCACCAAGGCUAGAGAAAAAAAAAAGAAAAAAAACAGCAAGAGAAAGAAAGACAGUGCAGAAAACAUAAGCACGGUCAAGGCACAACCAAAUGAAACAAAAUAAGAGAAAAUGACAAAGCCAGGAGCAUGCAGGGAAGCAGAAACCGGGCAGCCAAGAAAAGCAACCAGCAAUUUAGCAGAGGAGCACAAAUCUGGCUGGGAACUCAGCAUCAAAGGCAAGGGAUCAACCUCAGCACAAGACAGCUCCAAACAGCACCAAUCACAGAAAAAACACACAAUAGGUUAUGCCAACCAGUAGAUACACGAUCAGGACAGAAACAGAAGUGAAAUCAGUUCAGAGCUCGGCUUUAAAAGUAAGCCAAAUGUGUGGGCAUACUUCUCUGUUAAGUCUGGAGGAGGGAUCCAUGAAUUCUUAAAUUCUCAGUUUGUUCCUAGAUGUGCCCGGCGUAGCAUGAUAGGAGCAGAUGAAGUGGUUCCUUCAUCAGAAACUUUGAAGUUCAUUAUUAUUGAGUUUGAGAAACUAUGAUAUUAUUAUGUAUAUCUGAUAGGACCGUUGGUAGAGAGUGGGCCAAAACACAAGAGAGCAGGCCCAAAGUGUGGAGGGUUUAUGUUAGGAAAAAUAAGAAAGGGAAAGAAGCUUCAGGAAUAUGAGCUGGAGGUGAGAGAGUGAGGUUGGAGAGUUAGUUACGUGAAAUGCGGAGGGGGAGGAAUGUGUGAGGUGUAGAGAUUCCCUUUAUAGGUUCAUUGUUAGCAAAGGGAAGGGGUAUGAAGAGUAUUGUUAAGAAAAUAUCUGGAUAGAGAGGUUUCUUCUCUAUAGGAGUGUUUACUCUGGGACUUUAGCUUCGGCUAUUGUAUUUGUUCUGAUUCAAUCAAUAUUAAAUCCUUUUUCCUCAUUUUGCUUACUGUUUCUCUUUACUGUGACUUUGGUUUCCAUCAAAUUGGUCCGACCUGCCGGAUAAUCACGAGACUGAUACCAGUGCAGGAAAUCUGAUAGAUGCCACCGCAGAAAACAGCAAAGAAAAUGGAUGCAAAGGUUGCAGCGCUUGAAGACGAAGUAGCUCAUCUUCGUACUACCCUUGUCCUGAUGCAGGAGAAAGCUGACAACAAUCAAGCGCAGUGCUUGAACUCCUGGCCCAGAAUGUGGGCAAACCAACGCCAGAGAAGGAAGACUCUGGGAGUAUCCGCGAUAACCCCAACCCUGUUAGAUCUGAGAAGGAGAACGGAGGACCUUCUUAUGUAUCUGGUUGGACUAAGCUUGAUGGAGGACUCUUGGAUGAAUUUAGGAAAUCGGCUAAGAAAGUCGAGCUUCCUUUGUUCAAUGGAGAGGACCCUGCAGGAUGGAUUGCUCGAGCUGAGGUAUACUUCCAUGUCAUGGGAACGAGUCCAGAGGUCAAGGUAAAUCUGGCUCACCUGUGUAUGGAGGGAUCCACAAUCCAUUACUUCAACUCCUUGCUGCACUUGGACCCAGGUUUAACUUGGGAAAAACUCACCAAUGAACUGCUUGAACGCUAUGGAACGGCUAAUCGAGGAGAUGUCUUUGAGCAACUUUCCGAUCUUCAACAGAGAGGUACCAUUGACGAGUAUGUUCAGGAAUUCGAGCGGUUGCUAUCACAAGCACCGAAUCUCCCAGAUGAACAGUAUUUCGGAUACUUCAUCCAUGGCCUCCGUGAAGACAUUCGCGCACGGGUCAGAAGCAUGCGAGCCCUGACUUCUCUCCCUCGAUCCAGAUUGAUUCCCUUGGCCAAAGCAAUAGAGACGGAGCUCCAUGGGCCGGUUCGCUCAUCAGUCGGGUCAAAAGGAGGAGGAAUGCGAUCGGGUUAUGGGCCGGGUUCUUUUACCCGAGCAGCCCACCAAGUUUCAAGUGGGACAGGUCCACCGGGUCGGGAUUCACCUCCGGGUUGGAUCAUGGUGAAGAACGAUAAGGGAGAUCGAAGAGAGGAGAAGGGGAACCCUCGACCCCAACCGCGCGACAAGGGUGUUCGCCACCUACCAUACCAAGAGCUGUUGGAUCGCCGGCAGAAGGGUCUUUGUUUUAAGUGUGGGGGAAAGUACCACCCUCUCCAUCAAUGCCCAGACAAACAAAUCCGAAUCAUGCUGCUGGAAGAAGGGGAUGACGUUGGGGAAGCAGGGGAGCUAUCAGCUGAAACGGAGGAUGAAGACGAUGCUGCAGUCGACGGCGCGUGCAGCAUCAUGCGGCUGAGCUCCGAGCCCAUACAGGGACAAACAAUGAAACUGCAGGGCUCAAUUCUGGGAGUCCCGAUUUUGAUCCUCGUGGACAGCGGAGCCACACACAAUUUCAUAUCCAAGCGUGUGGUCGAGACUAUGGGAUGGGCAACCCAAGCUACUCCGACGAUGCGCAUCCUUCUAGGAGAUGGAAGUAAGACUACUGCAAGUGGUAAGUGUGAGCAGGUUAGUUUGGAAAUUGCUAAUUACAAAACCACAGUGGAAGCCAUACUCUUCGACCUUGAUGGAAUCGACCUGGUACUGGGAAUAGCAUGGUUGGUAACUCUGGGAGAUAUGCUCAUUAAUUGGGGAAAGCAGACUGUACGCUUCCAACAGGAAGGGCGUUGGUUCCAUUUUCAGGGACAGGGAGGCUCUCGAGAUGAUCACGGGGCAUUGCAAAGCUUUCUGCACCAGGAUAUCAGAACUCCUGAAGGGUAUUUUAUGUCUAGUGUCUUGGAGUCCCAAAUUUCCAAAUCACAAAACAGGAAUGUAGAGCAAUUGACUGAGAAGCAGAGCCAACAAUUAACCUCCCUAUUGGAGAAAUUUGUGGACGUUUUCACGGCUCCAAGAGGGCUUCCACCCAAGAGGCAGCGAGAGCAUCAAAUCAAUUUAGUAGCAGGGCAUGGUCCAGUCAACGUGAGACCAUACCGUUAUUCCCAUCAUCACAAAGAUGAAAUUGAGAAGCAGGUGCAAGAGCUGUUACAGCAGGGAAUCAUAAGACAUAGCCAGAGUGCUUUUUCGAGUCCAGUAAUCUUGGUUAAAAAAAAAGAUGGGUCCUGGAGAAUGUGCGUGGACUACCGUGAAUUAAACAAAGCCACUAUCCCUGAUAAGUUUCCCAUUCCGGUGAUCGAUGAGCUUCUUGAUGAGUUAUAUGGGGCUCGGUUUUUCUCCAAAUUGGACUUGAAAUCCGGGUACCACCAAGUUCUGGUAAGAGAAGAAGACGUGCCCAAGACUGCGUUUCGUACCCACGAAGGCCAUUACGAGUACUUGGUAAUGCCUUUUGGGUUAAUGAACGCGCCUUCAACCUUUCAAGCAUUGAUGAAUGAGGUUUUUCGUGACUUGUUGCGUCGGAAUGUACUAGUGUUCUUCGACGACAUAUUAGUGUACAGUUCUGACUGGGAAACACACUUACAACAGCUCACAAUGGUGCUUGACAGACUGAGAAAACAGGGGCUGGUAGCAAACCGAAAGAAAUGCUCAUUUGCACAACAGUCAGUUGAGUAUUUGGGGCAUGUAGUCUCAUUUCAGGGGGUUUCCAUGGAUCCGAGCAAAAUACAAAGUGUCAUCAAUUGGCCUACUCCCAAGAAUGUGAAGGGAGUAAGAUGAUUUUUGGGACUA